CACAGCCCCCCUUCCCCCCAGGGGUACUGUGGAUUCUUCACCCUCCUAACGCCCCGGCUGCGCUCAGGAGCAGAGAGGGAGCUCACCUGAGCUCCACACAUCACACUCAUUUCCUACAGCUUAGCCUUGUGGCCCGGGCGAUUUUUAUCAACUUUCCUCAUUCAACAUUUAUUGCUUAUGACAAACCAUAUCUCUGCAGCCGGCCUGAGCGAUGCCCACCAUUAAUCUCCUUGCACCUGUGGCCCCGAGGAUUAUCGGUUCUUCCCCUGUCUUUGUAGGAUAAAGACAUCACUGGUAAAGCAAAGUGGCUUCAAGCAAGCACCUCGUGAAAACAAAACAAAACAAAACAGGGAAUAGUUGUUCCCCAGAAGCAGCUGUAACAUUUCUCAUGUCUGCAAGAAUCCCGUACGGUUUUCAUGCUGCAAUAUCAAGGUUGCAGUGGUAAUAAAUGGAAAUGCCUUUAUUGCUUUUUUUCUUUUCCGUUGUUAUUUCCACAGGGAGAAGAUAAUUUCACUUACUGUCCAGCAACAGGCCUAGCUAAAGGAAAUGAGCACUCGGAAUUUGCUGGCUGGGCAUUCCCCUUUCCAGGGGUGUUCCUGGUGGAGGAGUUCAUUAGUGAAGAUGAAGAGUGUGAGAUAGUGGAACUGAUGGAUCGAGAUGACUGGAAACCAUCACAGUCUGGCCGAAAGAAGCAGGACUAUGGACCCAAAGUGAACUUCAAGAAGCAAAGGCUGAAAGCUGAUGGCUUUACUGGUUUGCCAAGUUUCAGCAGGAAGAUCGUGGCACAAAUGAAGGCCUGCUCUGUGCUCAGUGGUUUCUCACCUGUUGAACAGUGUAACCUGGACUACACACCAGAGAGGGGUUCUGCCAUAGACCCCCACUUUGAUGACUGGUGGCUGUGGGGGGAGCGUCUGGUCAGUUUAAACUUGCUCUCCAAAACCGUGCUCUCCAUGUCCUGCGACUCAGAGGACACCAUCCAACUGUCCCCCACUUUCAGCAAAGGGGAAUUAAGCCCCCCCGGGUCCCUCGCACAAACAUCAGCGUGCAGAAAUUCGGGCGAGGAGGGAAUGGAGGGCGUUGUGCCGCCGAGGCUGGUUCCCAGUAAGGAGGUGACUGUUGCUGUUCACUUGCCCCGGAGGGCGCUGGUGGUGCUGCAGGGGGACGCGCGGUACAAGUGGAAGCACGGGAUCCACCGCAAGCACAUCGAGAACCGCCGGGUCUGUGUCACGUUCAGGGAGCUCUCUGCGGAGUUCAGCGCCGGGGGAAGGCACGAGGAACUGGGCAAAGAACUGCUGGAAAUAGCUCUUUCAUUCCAAGGGAGGCCGGUGUGAUCAAGGGGAAGCCCGAGUUGCAUUUUUUUAGGAAAUUUGUAAAACGGGGUACAGAAUUUGUACGACCCGGUUUUUUUGUGUGUGUGAGGAACCAGGUGUCUGCAGAGAGAAGCUCAAUAAAGUGGAAAUUUGACAAACAGAAA